AUGCGGCGGCCGGAAACUUCGACACCGCUAUCUAGUUGCUCAGCCGCCAGCUUGGCAUUCACAUUGUUGAAAUCAUUGUUUCUUGAUCUUCACAUGGAGAGUCAUGCUUUCUUGCGUGCUUUCUCUUUGGCUCCAUUGAUCUCAUUGGCUAUUGAGCUUGGCUGGACGCUCUCAGAACUUACUUCUGCUACCAAAGAAGAAGCCUCCUUCCUCGAAUCGCACAACUUCGAUCUCGAUUCCGCCGUCUCCACCUUCUUCGAAGAAGCCCUAGGGCUUCAUCUUCAUACGAGAAUUGAUCUUGCUUUCGUUGGUUCACGGAGCGCCAGAGAUUCCUCGCCUUGGGAUCUACGUUUACGAGCGAUGGUGGUUUAG